AUGGCUGUCUCCACGGAUCCUCUUCGCGCCUCGUUCAGCCGCCGCCUCUCGCGCUGCCCGCACUGCGCCGCAUCCUACAUGUCCUACGACGACCGCGUCUACUGCACGAGCGACUGCAAGGCGACGGCCAAGAUACUGCGCAGCCUCCCACCCAACGACGAUGACGACGCUUCCGAGACCGAUUCGGACGUGGACGGCGACGUCUACGUUAUCUGCGUGCCCAAGUUUGAUCCGCGCGCGAUCAACGAGCGCAAGCGCCGCGCCCAUGCGCGCCGCGUCUCGAGCCCGCGCGAUAUACCUCAGCGCACCAUGUUUUACAGCGGCGACGUCAUUUCGUAUUGA